AUAACUUAUACUUAAAAAUUCAUAAAACUAACUUAGAAUUAUAGUUUUUUAAGCAAUAGAAAUGUUUAAUAUGGAUACUUCGCCUACAAAUUAGGCUGAAUUUGUUACAACUUAAGAGACAAACUAUAAUUAGCAUGCUGGGGAUAAGUAUGGAUAAUCAGAUUAUUACUAAGAUGAGGAGUAAUACAUUGAAUUACUCGAAAAUAGCAAGGAAGAUGGCUAAAGAAAAUAUGCAUCCUAAAUGGGUAGAAAUCAUCAAGGAAACAAUAAGUAUUCAAUAAGCUAGUUAGAAGGUCCUCAAAACAAAAAAGAAAAUAAAAAACAAAAGAACUUUAAAAUAAAUAAGGUUCCUAUUAAUAUAGGUACAGAAAGACCUUUCGUUAUUGAUACAAAUGUAGGUAAAACUAAUAAAUUAUCAUAUAAUCCUCUUACAGACGAUCAUUUAAAGGGCUUUUUCUUGAAUAAGAAUGUGAGAAAACAAAUAAAAUAAAAUCAAUUAGUUGAUAAGGAAGGCAGAAUACUUGAUAAAUAUUUUGUUAAGCUCAAUAGCUGCAAAGAAUCUCAGCAUAAUCCAACUCACAACGUUGCUCUACCUUUUAAAUUAAAUUUAUCAGAUAAUUAGCUGUAUAAAGAUGAACUAAAUAGAUUCUUUGACUCUAACAAAGAUGAACAUUCGAACUACUAAUUUACAAAUCAUAAUGACUAAGAUAUAAAAAUAGAAACUCUCUAAGAUGACAUAGAAAUCAAGAAAGAUCUACUAAAAUCUUAUGACUCGCCUAGGGAUAGAAGAAGGGUUAAAAGGUUUAAUUCAAGUUAAAAAUAAUUAGUAUAACAAAGCAUUUACUAGCAAACUUAUCUUUCUGGAGUAAUAUCUGAUAGAUUUCAACCUAAUAGCAAUAGAACAUAUGUUAAAAGUGCAUAAAAUGGCUAGAAUGGACUUCCAUAAUAUUAUGUUAAAAAUGAAUACAAUAAAUGUAAAACUCCAGAUCCUUACUACUAAAAGUAAAAUUUUGAAAACGAUUAGUUUAAACCUUCAAAUAGACCUAUUUAAAAUAAAACUGCUUAUUAAACUAGCAGCUAAAUAAAUAAAAAUUAAGAUGGUAUUUAAGCUAACAGUCAUUAAAUAGAUAGAUAAAAUAUGCUUUAAGAAGAUAAAAAUUUAAAACAAAAUAGUUCAACCCAAUAAAUAGAAAAUAAUAAAAGUUUAGAUGAGAGAAAAAAGUAACUGGUAUAAAGAAAGUAAUUAAUUAAGAAAUAAUAACUUGAAUUAGCUAAAAAGUAAGCUUAGGAAGUGUAAAUGAAACUGGCAAAAUAAAAAGAACUUUAAUAGUAAAAGCUUUUACUAAUCUAGAAGCAAGAAUAAUAAAUUUAGCAAUAUAAAUUACUCAUGUCUGCUUCUUAGACUAAAAUAAAUGAUUAGAAUGAAAAAUCUCCUAAAAGUAUGUUAAAUAAUUCUCAUAUUUCUUAUUAAAACUCGAGUGUUACAAAUCACACUUAGAGCAUAAGCAACUAUCUUCUGAAAUCACCAAUCAUACCAACUAAACUAUAGAAUGGUAAAAGACCUAAGCUAGCUGUAUAUGCUGUGAAUGAUACUUACACUUAAUAUGAUAAGCAACUGUUUUAAUAAAAAAGAUGUCAGAGUGUAGAAUCAAAUCAUAACAAUUAUUCAAGCACUAAUGCUUCACAUUAAAAUCAAAUUAGCAACUAAAAUGAUAGUUAUAUUGAUAAUCAAUCGAUUCUUUAAAAGUUAAAUCAAAAUAUGAUAUAAAUUUAAAAUUUAUAAACCAAAAAUAGCCUUAAAUCAACUACUCCUUUAUCAUCAAAUUCAAAAGAAAACCACUCUCUCUCUCAAGCUAAGCAACCAUUUAAUAAGUUUAAUCAAAAUAAAAUAACUUCUCUAUAAAAUACGAAGAAAAAUAAUAAACUAAAUGAUUCUAAAAAUUAAGAAAUUAAUCAAGUUAAAGGGAAUACAUUCUCCUCUGCAUCUGCAAGCAGUAACAAAUCCAAUUAAUUUGAAAUUAGUAAUAAGAAAAGUAUUUAAAUUAACUAUUCAGAUACAAAAGGUAGGGUUACUCCCUUUUCUCCUUCAAAAAGAGAGCCAUCACAAACCCCAAACAAGUUAUUAGCUAAAAAGUAAGAAAAUUAGAAUGAACAUUUAAAUAAUCAUAAUACUUAGAAUAAUUAAUAAAAGUCUGAAUAGUUGGAGUAAGAAUAAGAAUAACAGUAAGAUAAAAAUGAAAAUACUCCAAAAUAAAAAGACAUUAAAGAUAACGAAAAUUUGGAAAAUGAUGAUAAUUAAAACUCAAUGUCCAAAAACGAAUUCAAAGAAUACAUGAUCAAAUAGGUUUAAAAUAUUAAAUAAGAUAUGAGCAGCAUUAAAGAAAUUUAAAGUUGCACUACUCCAGAUAAACAAAUCUCCAAAGAAUAGUUUGAAUAAUUUAUAUCUAAAUACAAAACUAAGGUCAAUUAGCAAUAAAGCGCUUAACUGACCGAUUUAAGUUAAAACUAAGAAAAUAAAAAUUGAUUAAAUUUAAAUCUAUUUAAUAUAAAAAAGAUAUAAACAAAUAAUAACAUACAUUUUUUAGUUAAAUUUAUUUUAUUUAUUUAUUAGUUUUUUUCUAAUUCAUUUCACUUUUGAACUUACAAGCAAAG